AAAGAGAACAGGGCAGGGAUGUAUGGGGAGAGUGAAUGAAAACGGGGUGCUGCCACUGAGUUGGUGUCGCCCCCCCCCCCCCCCGACGCUGGCAUUUGGAUGGGAGAAUCUGAAGGGUCCAGGCUCACCUUUUGCCCUCCUCCAGACAGCAGGCAGACAAGGAACAGGGAAGGGGCCAGCCAGGGGGCUCUUUGGGCUUUCCCCCUCCUGGAGCUGGAAGGGGGCAGGCCGAAAAUGAGUCUUCCUGGAAUGUGCGGUGGAGGAAACUGAGCUGGGGGGAGCUUACAGCACGCCAGGGGAACAGCAGGCAGUCCUGGCACAGCCACCCACAGCAGAAGCAGCCGCCUCCAUGGAGCUCCCAGAGUUGCUGCCAUGGAACCACUCCGGAGGGCCUUCCAAUAACACGCCUCCCUGCUCGGAGAGUGCAGACUUCCAGUACAUCCUGUUCCCCGUGGUUUAUACUUUGGUCUUCCUCCUCGGCCUGGUGGGGAAUCUCUUUGUGCUGGGCUACUUCCUUUGGACCAAGUCAGCCACUGCCCCGGCCAAUGUCUUCCUGGUGAACCUGGCCAUCCUUGACUUGCUCUUUGUGCUCACCUUGCCCUUCCGCAUCACUUACCACGCCCACCAGAACGACUGGACCUUUGGUGAAGCUCUCUGCAAAAUCACCGGCUGCCUCUUCUUCGCCAACCUCUAUGGCAGCUCCCUCUUCCUGGCCUGCAUCUGCCUCGAGCGCUACGUAGCUGUGGUCCAUCCACUGAAGCACCUCCAGUUCCGGCAGCUGCGCUACCGCCUGGUGGCUGCUCUGGGAGUAUGGCUGGUCCUCAUUGCGGCCAUCCUGUUCCUGGCCCUCCGUGGGCCGCUGACCAGCCGUUUCACCAAUGGCCGCACGGCCUGCCUUGAAAAUUUCUCUUCCAGUUCCUGGAAGGGGCGCAUCUCAGGCAUCAGUAUCUUCGCUGCCGUGGUUGGCUUCCUGCUGCCUCUUCUUUUGAUUGGUGUCUGCUACCCACUGAUUGCCUGGCGCCUCCUGGCUUCCCCUGGAUUGCAGGCAAGCUCCCGCGCAGCAAAACGCAAAGCCCUGCGGACGGUGUUGGUGGUCCUUGGCGUUUUCCUGGUCUGCUUUGCACCUUAUCACAUUGUGCAGCUGGUUCACACACUGGGCCGGGUGGGUGUCCUGGGUGGCUGCACCCUCGUCCGCACCACCUACGUUGCUCGCCGCAUCACUAUGGCACUGACCAGCCUCAAUGCCUGCCUGGACCCACUGGUUUAUUACUUUGCUGCCGAGCGAUUUGCCCGGCAAUCCGGCUGGUGGAAGUGUGGCUGUUGUCAGCCAGGGAGCCCCCAACGGCCUCUGGGGCUCCCCAGGUGGAUUGCUAGCAAGGCCUCUUCUUCUGGAGAAGCCACCAGUGCCGUCACAGAGCAGUGAGCAGUGAGAAAAUCCAUCCCUCAACUUGACAGCCUGCUCUGUUCACACUGUGUGAACAGAGGAACAGAGGCACAUCACAGUUACACGGAUGUGAAGUUAGCACUUGUACGAGGAACGGACUGGAAACGAAUAAGCAAAGGAGACUCAAGAUGGUGCUCAUCUGCCUUUCCCCUGCUUCCAGGAUGGGCCCCUCCAAACAUGAGCUGCUACCACCCAAGGACACGAUGGGGAGGGGGUGCUCUUUCCCACCCACCCGGCCCCUCCUUCAUUGUGAGGGUCUCCUUGUGGGGUUGCUCUUCUGAGUCUGAUGGAAAUGAUCAGGGUGGGGAAUAGCUGUGGUUCAAAUUAUUUUUCUUAUUCAAAACCAUUUUAAACAGAGGAGGGCAGGGCAGGUAU